UCGGCGGAGGGCACCGAGCGCCGGGAGAUUGCUGGGCGGGGAGGCUGUGGUGCCAGCCGCUAGCUGAGGAGCUACACCCCGAGCAGCCUGACGGAGCCGGGUGAGCGGGCCCGGAGCCCGGCGCGGGUCCGGCCCAGACUUACUUCUGUCUCAGCUAGUCCCCAGAUCCAGGAGUGAGUGGAACCCGGAUGACGUUCUUCCGUUCUUCGGUGGCCUGGAGCCCUGCAUGACCAAAGGUCUGAUCUCUGAGGAAGAAAAACCCUGCCAGGGAACAGAGACCCCCAAGCUAAGGGUGCAAUGGCAGCAUCAGCCCCCUUGAGGAGCCUGGAGGAGGAGGUGACCUGCUCCAUCUGCCUGGAUUAUCUGCGGGACCCAGUGACCAUCGACUGUGGCCACGUCUUCUGCCGCAGCUGCACAGGUGAUAUCCGCCCCAUAUCUGGGAACCGACCAGUCUGUCCGCUCUGCAAGAAGCCCUUUAAGAAGGAGAACAUCCGGCCCGUGUGGCAGCUAGCCAGUCUGGUAGAGAACAUCGAGCGGAUGAAGGUGGACAGUGGCAGGCAGCCGGGAGAGCUGGCCCGAGAGCCCCAGGACGUGAAGUUGUGUGAGCGGCACCAGGAGAAGCUGCACUACUACUGCGAGGAUGACGGCAAGCUUCUGUGUGUGAUGUGCCGGGAGUCCCGGGAGCACAGGCCCCACACUGCGGUCCUGGUGGAGAAGGCCGCCCUGCCUCACAGGGAAAAAAUCCUGAACCACCUGAACACCCUAAGGAGGGACAAAGAAAAAAUUCAGGGCUUUCAGGCCAAGGGAGAGGCUGAUAUUCUGGCUGCGCUGACGAAGCUGCAGGAGCAGAGACAGUACAUUGUGGCGGAAUUUAAGCAGGGACACCAGUUUCUGAAGAAGCGGGAACAGCACCUGCUAGACCAGCUGUCCACCCUGGAGCAGCUCCUCACUGAGGGCAGGGAGAAGUUCAAGACCCGGGGCGUCAGUGAGCUUGGCCGGUUGACUCUGGUCAUCUCCGAGCUGGAAGGCAAGGCACGGCAGCCCGCCGCAGAGCUGAUGCAGGAUGCCUGCUCUACACAGGAUACCAAGGACUUUGCCAACAGGUACCCACGGAAGAAGUUCUGGAUUGGGAAAGCCAUCCCUCACAUGGUUAAAAGAAAGGCAGGAGAAUUCUCAGAUAAACUUCUCUCUCUGCAGCGAGGCCUGAGGCAGUUCCAGGGCAAGCUGCUUAGAGACUUGGAGUAUAAGACAGUCAGUGUCACCCUGGACCCACAGUCGGCCAGCGGGUACCUGCAGCUUUCAGAGGACUGGAAGUGUGUGACCUAUACCAGCCAGUACCAGAGUGACUGCCUGCACCCCCAGCAGUUUGACUGUGAGCCGGGGGUGUUGGGCAGCAAGGGCUUCACCUGGGGCAAGGUAUACUGGGAAGUGGAGUUGGAACGAGAAGGCUGGUCAGAGGAUGAGGAAGAGGGGGAGGAGGAAGAAGAAGGGGAAGAGGAGGAAGAAGAUGAGGAGGCUGGCUAUGGGGAUGGAUAUGAAGACUGGGAAACGGAUGAGGAUGAGGAAUCACUAGGGGAGGAAGAGGAGGAAGAAGAGGAAGAGGAGGAGGAAGUUCUGGAAAGCUGCAUGGUGGGAGUGGCCAAAGACUCUGUGAAGAGGAAAGGGGACCUCUCCCUGCGACCAGAGGAUGGUGUGUGGGCCCUUCGGCUCUCCUCCUCAGGCAUCUGGGCCAACACGAGCCCCGAGGCCCAGCUCUUCCCAGUGCUGCGGCCCCGGAGAGUGGGCAUUGCCCUGGAUUAUGAAGGGGGCACUGUGACAUUCACCAAUGCAGAGUCACAGGAACUCAUCUAUACCUUCACGACCACCUUCAGCCGGCGCCUGGUUCCCUUCCUGUGGCUCAAGUGGCCAGGAACACGCCUCCUGUUGAGACCCUGAAUUCCAGAAACUGCCUGGGCCACACUACAGAAUCUUCAGUUCUCUGAGAUUCGAGGACUCUGAGAUGAAGAAGGGUUGCCUGGACCGUACCCAUGGAAACUUCCUUUCUCUGGGAUCCCAAGACUGUGUGAUGGAUGAACAUUCUUGGUCAGAGCACCAGGAGGAGGAGAGAGGAGGGACAUUCACAUCCAUAUGGCACCCAUCUCCUCACAGUCAUGGCCAGGAUCUCUCUCAGUGUGUCACUUCAUCUGUUUUUCUUGUUUGAACUUCUCACUCUCCUGCCCAUUUCCUCUGGGAUGACUCCCUCCUUCCUGAGAACCCGUUUGUCUUGGCUCUGUGUUCUCUGUUGAGUAGGGGCAGCAGCAGCAGCAGCAGCAGCAGCAGCAGCAGCAGCAGCAGCAGCAGCAUCAUUUCUCGUUCAGUUGUUGUUCAGUGCUCACAGGUAUUGAAAGAGACCAUCAGUGAUAUUUGAAGCCAUUUGGCUGUCCUCAAAUUUGAGGUUCCUCUUGCCCAAAAACCACUCUGUUGCCUACCUUCCCUGGCUUCUUAAACUCACUUUUCCUACCCCACCAGAGUUAAAUAUCUGAAGAAGCAGGAUUGAACAUAGUCAACAUCCAAGGCUGUGUAAGUUUGUGUCCUGAAGUGUUGGUGAAAUCAUCUCCUGGUGCCAUUAGCAAAGCUCAUGGCCUCCAAACCCAGAGCUGAAGAAGGGGUGGGACUCCCCAGGGCCAUCUGUAUCUCCAAAAGCAUCCAGGUACUGUGACUCAGGCAGGAGCUGUGGUCAAUAGAUUACCUCUGCAGAGUAGACCUUGUGAAGGGAGAUUUUAAAACAAUUCCAACAUCUUGCUCUUGAUUAGUGGGUCUGAAAACACUGAGGCCCAGGAGAUCAGAACUACCCCUGCUUCAGAGUCUCCAGCAAGUGUCUCCAGGACAGCUUUAGGCCUCUGCUCUUGGCAUCAUGGAAUGUCCAGAAUCACUUUCUUAGGAUAUGGAUUGGAGAAGGGAAGACAGUCCUGAGGAAUCUGGAAAACUCCCACCCCAGGUCUUACUGUGAGGAGAGGCCCUGCAGUGUCUCUCUGUUGACCCAGCACCAGCCCCUCUGUCCAGUCACCCAGUGCCCACAGUUGAACACCAGCUCCUGCUUAGCCAAAAUGAUGCCCCUCUUCUUAUCCUUAAACAUUCCACAUUUCUUCUGCCUGUCCAGGUGUUAAGCUCUUCUUUGCUCUUGAGAGGCUGCUCCCAGACUCUGGAUUUUGGUGGCCUUAGAGUCACCACACUGUCUCAAGACUGAACACUUUGUAUAUAUCACACGAUGCCUGAGUCACUAGUACAUACACAGUGGCUCCCUCACCACCUUUUGUUUUUCCUGGAAUUAAUCAUCAUUUUUCUCUUCCUUCUCCUUUAAUUCAUUUCCUGUGUCUUUAUUACUAAUAAACUACAAGUUCUUUUUAGUGAUCAGCAAUCUCAA